AUGACUUCGCUGGAGGUCGCUCCAGGACCCAUUUCAGUCCAGGAUGGCUUGCAGGGUGCUCUUUUCGGCAGCUCGCCGCGCAGGCGAGCCCCCAGCAACCCGAAGCCUAUCUCACCAGGAGGAUCUCUCGCGAAGACACAGGAUCCUUUACCGAAAAUCUUGCCGAAGACCUCGUCGACUAGACGGCAACCUCAUGCAGGGGCCAAUGUGAAGAGGCCCGAUAGCCCGGACUUGGGGACAAUCCUCGCAAACACCCCGCGACCGAGACGACGAUCGGCUGCUGCCGUGUCUCCUGCGAACCGUAUUCGCUCCCGUACCAGUUCUAUCGUAGGUGCCCCCUUGAAUUGGAAAGGAAAGAUCGAGGAGGGUUCGUCCGGCCUGGAGUCUACUCUCGGGGUGGGCGAGGAUUCGGAUGACAACUUCCGGUUGGGUGAUGACGGAAGCGAAUCCGAUUCUAGCAUCGACUUGCACACACCUUUACCACAUCUCAUGUUCCGAGAUGGCCUACUGUCUCCUCGUUCGAAGCUAUUGCCUAAGGGCCUCGCGUCAGUGUCCUCUUUCCCUAACCUGGCCGAGGUAGAGGAAGAGGAAAGUGGGCUUGAUCGUUCGCACAGUGUGCUCAGCGUGGUCUCAAAUGCCGGUUCGGUCAUGACAAAAUCAGGAUUGCUGUACAAGGACCCUCGCGACACCACCAGAAGACGGUUACGGCAUCGUGACGGCCACCUUUUGAAACAAGGUAUGGGCCUAACAACGGGACUGGGCUGGAGUGACAGUGAAGACGAAGAUGCACCAUCCACACUAACUCGUCGUCUAAUCCAGACUUCUAUUGCCCGGCGCCCAUCCACUUCACUUUCUUCACUUUCACGCCCGUCGUCGGAGUUUUCCAGGGAUUCGAUAGUAGCAGCAUCUCCUUUCCCAAUCUUGCCAUCGUCUCGCAUGGCGUCUGGCCCUCUACAGAGGUCUGCCUCUGUGUCCUUUUCGUCUCUCAGGCGACCUACCGCCGUGGGCCCUCCUUCGUCUGUUGACAUCACACCAUUGCGCAAUCGAUCUGUGUCGUCUGCACACCCCGGCCUCACAUCGCUUCCUCGGACCACGACGAAUGGGAACACUGCUUCCAGUUCGUCCGGCCUCCCUUCCAUGCGUAGGAAUUCCCGUCUACCGAAGUCGGCCGAGAUGCGGGAUAUUCUGUCGAGGCACAAAGCGCAGCCGUCCUUAUCUGGUAGUACGAGCUCCCUCGCAUCUACUGCAUCGACUACGUCUGCUGCACCUGUCCCAGCGGAGUCUCUCAGCAGUCAAAAUAUCAGAGCCGCCCUGGCCCCGAAUCCAUCCGAUGAGCUGACGUACAAUCGGGCUCGCACGCUGUCUGCGACAUCUAGCAUGAGUACCGCUUCCGUCUACUCGUCAACUACCUCCGGAUCCGGAUCGUCCACCAGCACUGCCUCUGGCUCAGGUAGUACGACAUCUGGCAUACGCCCCCUGCGCCUCCCCCAGGCAGCUGCGGCACGCUUGAGCGGGAUCGGCAUCGUUCCCCCCGCGGGGUACUCCGCCCCAAACCAGAGUGGGCCGCACCCCACCCACAGACACACCCGUACGCUAUCAACUUCACGCUCGUUUUCCAAUGCUCUACCAAAGGUUUCCCAGCCUCCGUCAUUUACAAGCAUCUCCUCUCCUGUAUCACCUACUGACUUCCCGUUGUCGUCCCCGUCCCCGUCGCCAUCGCCAUCACCACGUUCGCGGCCGUUGAUAGCGGGUCCGCGCCCGAAGCCCCGCACAGGCACAGGAAUGGUCUAUCGGACGUCGUCCUACUCCAGCCUGCAGGGAGCAGCGAUGCGGAUUCGCAGUCCGUCUGUGCUCUCGUCUAGCGCAGAUGGUGAAGUCAUAUUUUGA